AUGUCGAAAAAAAAUCUGUCAUCCUCUAAGCCCUCUGGAUCAAGUGAACAGCCCAAAGGCCAAGGCCAAAUUUCACCAGAUGGUGGUCUUGAACUUCGUCCGGCUCUACUUGUUCUGCGACUCGCUGUUCAGAGUGCCAAGCAAAUCAUGUACACGCUUGACUGCAAAUACUUCUCUGGGUUCUGGGCUCUGAUUGGAGACAUAAAAAAGCUCAUUUCACCCAUUCUCCCAAAGCCUUUUCACAUCUAA